AUGAAUAGUGCAAGUAAUAUGGUAAUUGACAUGCUUGGAAAGGUAUCGACAAAAGAUGCAACAAACUGCAAACAGAAUGUCGAGAGAUGCAACAGUUUUGAGCCGUUAUUGAUAAGAGUACUGAGGUAUAUGCAUCAGAAAAUAGUAGUAGUAUUACCUUUUAUGAAAUCACGGCUCCAAGCUUUUAAGCAGUUUACUCGGUUUGUAUCAUGCAAAAGCUGUGGUGUUGAGUUGCAAUCCAAGAAUCCUUCUGUGACAGGCUACUAUAAGCCUCCUCGCGCUGUCAGGAAAGAUGCUGGCACCAUUGAAGAUUUGAAGUAUUUAAUGUUCACACAAGAACUUCAGCUAAAAAAACAUGAAAUCGGGCUACUUGAUCCAGACACCGAUCCAGAUUAUAAAGAACCUAUUCCCAAAAGAUUGGUUUGUAAAAGAUGUGUCGAUGCUAUAAGUCAUAACAGGUACAACUCAUCUGAUUUUCCAAUUCAUUCUUUCAACGAUAUAAAGGGCGCUUUGCCGCAUGCUGCAAACGUAUACCACGUUGUGUCUUUGUCUGACUUUCCCUUGUCAUUAGACAAAACUAUCCUGGCAGAAAAGAAUAAUAGAAACUAUUUACUACUUUCAAAGGCUGAUCAGAUCACAUACAAGUCAUCAAUGCUACCACAUAAAGGGAGUGCUUUUUUUGCGGAAUUUUGUAGACGUCAUAUAGGCGUACAUGUUAAGAAAGUAGUAUUGUUCUCUAACCCAAGAAAUUGGAAUAUUCCAUCAGUGAUAAAUGCUUUGGCUAAAAGAUGCUAUUUAUUGGGUAAUCCUAACGUUGGGAAAACGUCUCUCAUUAAUUCUUUGCUCCAUGAAAAAUCAACAAGUUUCCAAGCUCAACUUGAUAAGAGAGGCAACGUUAUUGGUCCUCCAAAAGGCCACGAACAAAUACAAAGUACUCGCCGUAGGGCCAUCUUCAAUGAAGGUGGAGUAUCACAUAUUCCCAACUUUACCAGAACCAUGCAAACUUAUUUGAUAGAAGAUAAAGUUGUGAACGAUUUACCAGGGUAUACAAUGGAUCCUACUAAAGUAUCCGAUCUAGCGAAUUAUAUCGAGAAGGAAACGCUUGAUAACAUAAGGAAAACCUCAAAGUUUAAGAUUGAUAAACUGAUAAAACAAAAUUACACCUCUUUGACGGGUUCAAAAACUGGUAAAUGCCUGUCUUUUGGAGGAAUUUUUCAUCUUGUUCCACCAAAUUCCACUAUAAAUCAGGUGGUUAAUUACAUUCCUCUUCCGGAGCAUGAGUUUUCAAAUGUCGAAAAGGCUGUUAGCUUAUCUCUAGAGGUGCUACAGUCAGAAAAUCAUUCACUUCGCCAAUUUUUUGCUCUCAAGAAACCAUUUACUGACAUUAAGAUGUUUGAUAGGCACGUAAUUCCUCCAUUUAAUGGAGCAAUCGAAAUUGUUCUAAAAGAUAUCGGAUAUUUUCAAGUUAAACCUACUGGAAAAUAUGGUUUCAAUGGUCUUUAUGAACUCUGGGUCCCUAAAGGUAUCAGGGUAUGCAUUAGAGAACCGUUAUCAAAAUUGAUAUCAAAAAGCUAUGAAAAGUAUAUUGAAAGUGGAGACAUCGCCGAUGUUUGUCCAACCGAUCGUCCACUAAUUUCAGACACCUAUAUUAUGAACCAUACCGAAGAAGAUACAUUUGCCAGAAUGAGAGAAAUGUACAUCAAUAGGACUUCAAAAGAUAUUCUCUCAAGAAGACUUCUUCAAAAAGAUCCCAACGAUAUAGUUGGAACUCUUCAAAGCCCACCAUCAAACUUGUACUGGUAUUACAAGUGGUGA